GGGGCGGGGCGCGAGCGGGGCGGCGGUACCUCUGAGGGGACGGCGGCGGCAGCAGCAUCUCUGAGGGGACGUUGUCGUUGUCGGCAGCUCUGAAGGGACGUUGGCAGCGGCUAUGACAGACCACGAAGCGGCAGUCCCGCCUAAGUCCCGGCGGGCGCAAGAUGAUGCUGAUACUGGCCUUGGUUUGUGCGGAUGGAUUCUGGUGAUCACUUCACUUUUUUUCACUAUUAUUACGUUUCCUGUAUCAAUCUGGAUGUGCAUAAAGAUUAUAAAGGAAUACGAGCGAGCCAUCAUAUUCCGACUUGGACGCAUCUUAAAAGGGGGAGCAAAGGGACCAGGUUUGUUUUUUGUCCUGCCCUGCACAGACAGCUUCAUCAAAGUUGAUAUGAGGACCAUCUCUUUUGAUAUUCCUCCCCAAGAGAUCCUGACCAAGGACUCUGUGACAGUUAAUGUAGAUGGAGUGGUUUAUUACAGAGUUCAAAAUGCCACCCUUGCUGUAGCAAAUAUCACAAAUGCUGACUCGGCCACCCGUCUUUUAGCACAGACUACUUUGAGGAAUGUUCUGGGGACCAAAAACCUUUCUCAGAUUCUCUCUGAUCGUGAAGAAAUUGCGCACAGCAUGCAGGCCACACUUGAUGAGGCAACAGAUGAUUGGGGCAUUAAGGUGGAACGUGUGGAGAUCAAGGAUGUGAAAUUGCCUGUCCAGCUGCAGAGAGCAAUGGCUGCAGAAGCAGAAGCUGCCCGGGAGGCGAGAGCUAAGGUAAUUGCAGCUGAGGGUGAAAUGAAUGCUUCCAGGGCCCUGAAAGAGGCGUCCAUGGUUAUCACGGAGUCCCCUGCUGCUCUUCAGCUCCGAUAUUUGCAGACUUUGACUACUAUUGCUGCGGAAAAGAACUCCACCAUCGUCUUCCCAUUGCCCAUAAAUAUGCUGCAGGGCAUCAUGGAUGCAAAUCACUAGGGGGAGAGAGGAGAAGGUUUGGGGUAGGGUCUGGGGGGUUUUGGUACAGUGAAUGCUUGCAACAAUGAAUUCCCUGUGUGUUACAGCUUGUGGUGUUAACAAAGCAGAUUUGCCUAGGAACCUAUGUUAUUAUACUAAGUGUGUUUUAAAACUAAAAUGUAAUGUUUGUGACUAUAUGACGAGCGAGGGGAAGCAAGCAGCCGACUCAAUAUGAGUCAUAAAGCAAGCUUCGAUUUAUUACGGCGCGAUUAUAUCUUCUAUACAGUUCCAGUUAAUUAUGCCUACUAGUCAUCUGCUGAUUGGCUAAGCUCUAAAGGGUUACAUUUUCAUACGUCCUCCUACUUGCGGUUUCUGCGGAUAGCUAGCUACAUAUUUUUUUUUCCUCUCUUGUCUACGCGAAUUCCUCAAAGUUACUUACAACAUUAGGCACAAGGUCAGUGUUUUUCUCAGCUUCCUUAUCAGCAUGCCUCAGCAUAGCUGCAAGGCCUGCUUCAGCUAACUUUCGCUAACUUUGUUUCACAAAGAUCUUUAAGGGAGUCAUGGCCAUGAUCACACAGCCAUUCUGCAACAACUAUAGACAAUCCAAAUAUUUGAAAUGGAAAACCUCUCGAAAUGAGUACAAGCAGAUGGUGGUCUUAAACAAGCAUGUAUCCAUACUGUCCCGGAUGGGACACCUUUAAUCUAUACCCUUCUGUUUUCAAAUAGUGUAUAAAACGAGCUGUGCUGAGGAUGACAUGCUCCAACAGCUGGAAAGAGAAGUAUUCCUUUUAAUAAAUAAAUGGGUCUGUUGCCCUGCAAGGAAAGUGGAACAGCCUUAACUGUUCUCUUGGAGUGUGGCUCUGUGGGUUAAAGUCAGCAGAUCACUGUUGUGUGGACUGAUUCUCUCGCUUACGCAAGGAAAAGUAAUGGAAGUUAAUAGAGAAGUUGAGACUAUGCUGGGUAUUUCUGAAAAUCAGGCUCAUACCCUAAAAUAGUCCCCUGUUCAUGAGAAACAGUUGUUGGUGGAACUUUCCAUCUCUGUUCUGCUGCACAGAAAUGGCAUAAACAUGCCGUAGUUAUGGAUACAACAUGCUUGCAGUCCCGAUAGGCUGUUCUGUUGUUAGGGUGGCGUGCCUGUAUGGAUUCAAUGUUGCUUUAAAGCACUAAAACGUUGUUGGGUCUGCCUCUUCCCUUUCUCUCUUAAAAAUGAUUUUAAAAAGCCAGAGUAUUGACCCCUGCAUUUUAUCCAGAUUUAAAACCUUAUUUCCUCUAGGACGUAACAUCUCUGUAACGAGCAGGGCAUGGUGACAUUUAAUGGAAGAUGCUGUGCUGUGUAUGUAUCUGUUCUAACAAAUCAGUGAUUUAACUUGUUUGAUGCUGUUUCUGAAGAUGUGUACCAUUUGUUGUCAAACUGAGGGCUUAUACCAAAAGCAUGUAAUCUUCAGUUUACGUAGCCUUAAGCUGGAAACCUGUUAAACUGUGCUCAUAUUUUGUACCCGUUUAGUAGAUUAAAAUGAGAAGCAUGAGAGCCUGCAUGGGGGGGAGGUGUUUUAGGCUAUCACCAUCUUCAGUUAUUGGGAGGUGGCAAUGAAAACAAAAAGCCAAGAUCAAUGAUUUAAGUGCCCUUCUCACACUGCUGGCAUGAAGUUCCUAACUCAUUUUACCAACUUUCUGCUACAGUCAGCUGUGUAUUUAACAGGUAUCUUGAUGAGGACAAGGUCUGCUCACCUGUGCCUUUGUCACUGUUAGGGCUUGGAAGGGCUUGAGCUAAUUGGCACAGUUUCUUUUCUGCCUCUGCUGUGAACAUUUCUUCCUCUAACCUGUCUGCGUGUUUUCAGUACUUCAGGUAGUGUAAGCAGAGCUUGACUUUUUGCUGGGAGAGGUACUGUUAACAAAGCUGUAGUAAUUAGCAUUACUGUGCUCUCAGGCUUGAAGUGGGAAACAGAGUAACUGCACAGCUUGAGGUUAAUCCCUGGGGAAGACCAGUGAAUCUGUAACUCCCACUGGUGCUGCUGUAGGUGGUCACCCCUGUGAAUUCUUGUUGACACCAGGAGCAGGCUUUUUGCUCUCAUCCUGAAUAAAAAAACCCCACGCUGCUGACUGAGUGACUUUCUGAAAAAGUAAAUACUGUUAAUUUAUCAGGGUCUUAAAUGCUAAUAACUCUUGUAAGUGAAGAGCAAAACAAUCCCCAAACCCCCAAAAUAAUUCCUGUAACCAUUUAGUAAAAAGCACAUGUGCAAAAGAUGGCACAAAGGAGGUUUCGUUUCCUCAGGUGCAAUUGUUUCAAGCAAGUUCAGAUGUGAGAUCUACAGGUUCUGUUUAAUGUUUUCUCCUUUGUAACAAACCCCACCAUUUCUAUUCUUCACAUACUUCAUAGGCGCUUUAUUGUAUUAAAUAUAACCAAAGCAAGGAGGU